AUGAAAGGCUCUCCAAAAGCACCCAUGUGUGGUUUUUCCGCGAGGGCAGUUGGGAUAUUGAACUCCUUAGACGUCGAUGAGUAUACGUUCGUGAACAUUCUACAGUACCCUGAUGUACGUGCACUGGCGAAAAAACACUUCAACUGGCCCACCUACCCUUUGUUAGUCGUGGGCGGGGAAGUCGUGGGCGGGGUGGAUAUUAUGGAUGACCUUAACAAAACAGGCGAACUGGGAGAACUCAUCAAGAAAGCACUCAAGGAGUCCGAAGGUGCGGCGGCCGGUGGCCCAGAAGGAGAUCGAUCGAAAGCCUGA